AUGGACCUGAUGAGCUCACGGUUUAAAUCGUUCACUUUUGGGACGAAACGCAACAAGAACUCGGUCAGCCCCGUGCCACAACCACAACCUUCCUCCAACCCGUCGAGUAAUACGCUUGUCGCCGCCCCAUCAUCAAUCGCUCCCAGCUCCCCUCCCUCCGGCCACAGUUCGUCGACCACGAGUCUCCCCAUGAACAACCAAAACAACCCCUUGGGUCGUCCGCCAAGUUACACGUACGGUGGUCGGCCCACCAGUCCAAUGCCGCCGGCUCAGCAGCUGGCGCACCACCCUCCGCCACUCAACACCAACCUGCAAUACACGCAAGCCCCCGUCCAGCCUAUGGGCGCACCCCCGGGGUACGGUCUGCAGCAGCCGGUUGCGCCUGGCAUGGCUCCGGGAAUGGCCCAACCGCAGUAUGGCGUCCGUAAUCCCGCCGUGGAAGUCGAAGGUGCCGGCCGCAGUAAGGCCCAACUUAUCGUCGGUAUUGAUUUUGGCACGACGUUCUCUGGUGUAGCUUUUGCCUUCGCGACCAACAACGAAGCAAGGGAAGACAUCAUCACUGAAUGGCCGGGAGCAGGAACUCACACCAAACAGAAGAUCCCUACGGUCCUAUACUACGAUCAAUAUCAGAAGGUGGUGGGAUGGGGCCCGGACAUCGCUGAUGCCCUGGCCCCCACUGGCUACCCGAAGCAAGGGGUGCAGAAGGUGGAAUGGUUCAAGCUGCAGCUCAUGCUCUCCGGCAAUACUUAUAUCGAUCCCAUCAACUUGCCACCCCUACCGCCGGGCAAGUCAGAGAUCGACGUCGCUGCCGACUAUCUCUUCAAGUUGCGUCAGGCAAUGCGCAACCAGCUGCAAAAGACCCUCGGUGAGGUGUUCACCCGAGAAGAGCGCAACAUCCGCUACUACCUCACCGUGCCAGCGAUCUGGAACGACGCAGGCAAGGCGGCGACACGUGCAGCGGCCCUCCAGGCUGGAUUCUUGCGGGACGAGAACGACAACCGCCUCACGUUGAUCUCCGAGCCGGAAGCGGCUGCCCUUUUCUGCGCGAAGACUGGAUUGCUGAACCUCAAGGUCGGUGACGCUAUCCUCAUCGUCGACUGCGGUGGAGGCACCGUGGAUCUGAUCGCCUACGAAGUCGAGGAGGAACAGCCUUUCAGCGUGGCUGAAUGCACGGCAGGAUCCGGCGACUCUUGUGGCUCGACGGCGCUCAACCGAAACUUCAGCAAUAUUCUCCGGGCAAAGAUUCGAAAGAUGAAGCUGCCCGAUGGCUCUCGGACAGCUGGAAAGGUGUACGCGAAGUGCAUCAUGGACUUUGAGAAUCGGAUCAAGGCGGAUUUCCGCAACAAUGGACAGAAAUGGGCGGUAGACGUCGGUAUCGAGGCAGAUUUCCCAGAUGCCGGCAUCGAAGAGGGUUACAUGACUUUCACGAACGAGGAGAUUCUUCAAUGCUUUGAACCGGUCGUCAACCGCAUUCUUGAACUGGUUCGAAAUCAGAUCAUCGCCAUUCAGGCUCAGAACCGAUCACUACAGAACGUACUUGUGGUGGGAGGAUUUGGUGCGUCUGAAUAUCUUUUCCAACAGAUCAAGCUCCAUGUGCCACCGCAGUACCAGACCAAGGUGGUACGGCCCAUGGACUCGGUCGCUGCGAUCGUCAAAGGCGCCGUGACGGCCGGUAUUACUGAGCGAGUGAUCACGCACCGUGUUGCGCGUCGACACUACCUCAUGGCGACGCUGCAGCCGUUCAAAGAGGGCUACCACCCCGAACAAUACCGUGUGCCAAGUCUGGACGGUAGAGAUCGGUGCAAGUACACGCGGCAGAUCUUUGUGCAGAAGGGUGAGCGAGUCAAGAUCGGCGAACCUGUCAAGGUCAGCUUUUUCCGGCAGGUUGCUCCGGGGGCGACCCUAAUGUACGAAGAUAUCUUGUACGCAUGUGACGAGGAUGUUUGCCCGGAAUAUACAAAGGAUCCUCGAAUCAAAGAAGUUGUGACCCUAACGUCCGAUCUGUCCCGCAAGAACCUGGAGACUGACUUCGAGCGCAUGGACACGCCUCAAGGGACGUUCUACCGGGUCUACUUUGAUAUCUAUCUCACUCUUGAUGGCAGUGAAUUCAGCGCAGAAUUGGUUUGCCAGGGUGAGGUAAUGGGGCGCUGCCGGGCCAAGUUCCGAUAG